AUGGCCUCGAAAGGGAAGGAGCAGAGGGGGUGCAGAGGGGGUGCAGAGGGGGUGCAGAGGGGGUGCAGAGGGGGUGCAGAGGGGGUGCAGAGGGGGUGCAGAGGGGGUGCAGAGGGGGUGCAGAGGGGGUGCAGAGGGGGUGCAGAGGGGGUGCAGAGGGGGUGCAGAGGGGGUGCAGAGGGGGUGCAGAGGGGGUGCAGAGGGGGUGCAGAGGGGGUGCAGAGGGGGUGCAGAGGGGGUGCAGAGGGGGUGCAGAGGGGGUGCAGAGGGGGUGCAGAGGGGGUGCAGAGGGGGUGCAGAGGGGGUGCAGAGGGGGUGCAGAGGGGGUGCAGAGGGGGUGCAGAGGGGGUGCAGAGGGGGUGCAGAGGGGGUGCAGAGGGGGUGCAGAGGGGGUGCAGAGGGGGUGCAGAGGGGGUGCAGAGGGGGUGCAGAGGGGGUGCAGAGGGGGUGCAGAGGGGGUGCAGAGGGGGUGCAGAGGGGGUGCAGAGGGGGUGCAGAGGGGGUGCAGAGGGGGUGCAGAGGGGGUGCAGAGGGGGUGCAGAGGGGGUGCAGAGGGGUGCAGAGGGGGUGCAGAGGGGGUGCAGAGGGGGUGCAGAGGGGGUGCAGAGGGGGUGCAGAGGGGGUGCAGAGGGGGUGCAGAGGGGGUGCAGAGGGGGUGCAGAGGGGGUGCAGAGGGGGUGCAGAGGGGGUGCAGAGGGGGUGCAGAGGGGGUGCAGAGGGGGUGCAGAGGGGGUGCAGAGGGGGUGCAGAGGGGGUGCAGAGGGGGUGCAGAGGGGGUGCAGAGGGGGUGCAGAGGGGGUGCAGAGGGGGUGCAGAGGGGGUGCAGAGGGGGUGCAGAGGGGGUGCAGAGGGGGUGCAGAGGGGGUGCAGAGGGGGUGCAGAGGGGGUGCAGAGGGGGUGCAGAGGGGGUGCAGAGGGGGUGCAGAGGGGGUGCAGAGGGGGUGCAGAGGGGGUGCAGAGGGGGUGCAGAGGGGGUGCAGAGGGGGUGCAGAGGGGGUGCAGAGGGGGUGCAGAGGGGGUGCAGAGGGGGUGCAGAGGGGGUGCAGAGGGGGUGCAGAGGGGGUGCAGAGGGGGUGCAGAGGGGGUGCAGAGGGGGUGCAGAGGGGGUGCAGAGGGGGUGCAGAGGGGGUGCAGAGGGGGUGCAGAGGGGGUGCAGAGGGGGUGCAGAGGGGGUGCAGAGGGGGUGCAGAGGGGGUGCAGAGGGGGUGCAGAGGGGGUGCAGAGGGGGUGCAGAGGGGGUGCAGAGGGGGUGCAGAGGGGGUGCAGAGGGGGUGCAGAGGGGGUGCAGAGGGGGUGCAGAGGGGGUGCAGAGGGGGUGCAGAGGGGGUGCAGAGGGGGUGCAGAGGGGGUGCAGAGGGGGUGCAGAGGGGGUGCAGAGGGGGUGCAGAGGGGGUGCAGAGGGGGUGCAGAGGGGGUGCAGAGGGGGUGCAGAGGGGGUGCAGAGGGGGUGCAGAGGGGGUGCAGAGGGGGUGCAGAGGGGGUGCAGAGGGGGUGCAGAGGGGGUGCAGAGGGGGUGCAGAGGGGGUGCAGAGGGGGUGCAGAGGGGGUGCAGAGGGGGUGCAGAGGGGGUGCAGAGGGGGUGCAGAGGGGUGUGAAAAAUAA